AUGGGACCCAGCGGGGCGGGCAAGACCACGCUGCUCGACACCCUCUCCCAGCGGAAGCGCGUCGGCGUCGUAGGUGGGGAGUUCCUACUGGAUGGGAGGCAGCUCGGCAUGGACUUUGGCAGGUGCACCGGGCUGUUGGAGUUGGAGGGGUUGGCCGAUGCGUUGAUCGGGCAGGUGGGUGUGGGACUUACGGUCGAGGAGAGGAAGAGAGUCACUAUUGGGGUGGAACUGGCAGCGAGGCCUGAGGCCUUGUUUUUUUUGGAUGAGCCCACGUCCGGAUUAGACUCGACGGGCGCUUCCUCCAUUGUGAGGUUUCUUAAAAAGUUGGCGGACGAGGCGGGGUUGGCUAUCCUCUGCACCAUUCACCAACCCAGUGCUAUCCUCUUCGAGGACUUUGACAACGUGCUGCUCCUCACCACCGGUGGUGAGGAGGUCUACUUCGGACCCAUCGGUGACAACGGGACUACGAUUAUAGAAUACUUUGAGCGUAACGGUGCGCCGAAGGCUGCCCCCGAUGCAAACCCCGCGGAAUAUAUCCUCGAGACAAUUCGUCGAGCCCCAGGACCACGCAAUUGGGCAGAGAUAUGGGAGGACUCGCCGGAGGCCCUGGCAGUAGUUAAAGAGAUUGAGAGCAUCAACAGUAGCAGAUCCAUGUUAAACCUUGAACAGCAGAAUAGAACUCUGGAGUACGCCAUGCCGCUGAGCACUCAAAUCCUUGAAGUCACGAAGCGGGUAUGGCUGCACUACUGGAGGGACGCUUCCUACGGCUAUUCCAAAAUGUUCUCCAACUUGAGCAUGUCGCUCUUGUGCGGUGUUUUAUUCGUAAACUCCGGAAACACAGUGCAGGAAAUGCAAUCCCGGGCCUUUGGGGUCUACGCUAUCGUGCACUUCUCGCAAAUGAUCCUGACGGGGGUACAACCCAAAUUCCUGGAAUUCCGCACACUAUACGAGACGCGUGAGCGGAAUAGCAGGAUAUACUCCUCCUCGGCAUUCAUCACGGCCAUGAUCGUAGUCGAGAUCCCAUACGCUAUAUUAGGGGCUCUGGUGUUCUUCUUUCCGUGGUGGUAUAUGGAGGGACUGCCCCGUGACUCUCAUUCCACCGGGUACGCCUUCUUCAUGCUCAUGCUCUACGAGAUAUGGAUCCCGCACGCGGCCAUGUGGAUCGCGGCCAUGUGUAAGGAUUUGACGGUGAUGAGCGUUGUAAACCCCUUCAUCUUCGUAGUAAUCAACGGCUUCGUCGGAAUUUUCGUCCCGUACGACCAACUCCCAGAAUUCUACAGGAGGUGGCUAUUCUGGGUGAAUCCGCAGACAUGGUUGAUCAGAGGCUUGAUAUCAACAUCACUACAUAAUAUCCCGGUCUCCUGCAGCGAUAACGAAUGGGUCACCUUCCAACCGCCCAGCGGACAGACAUGCGGGGAGUACGCUGGGGAGUGGAUCUCAAGUGCCUAUGGGACUAUCGCGAAUUUGGAAGCGAGGGAGGAUUGCAGGUAUUGUCGGUAUAAAGUUGGCGAUGAGUUUUUGGAGACUUUGGAGAUGAAGUACUCGACGCAUUGGCGGGAUUUGGGUAUAUUUUGUGCCUAUAUAUUUAGCAAUAUCUUUCUGGUAUAUGUGCUUUACUAUCUCUUCCGGGAGGUUCGGUGGAGGAGGGUAUUUGCUAGACUACGGAACAAGAAUAAGCAAGAUUAG